GGGGCCCCGGAGCUGCCGCUGCCGCUGCUGCUUUUGCUUUUGGGGCUGAGUUUAAUAACCCAGCGAGCGAGCGAACGCGGGGGGAAAAAGGCAGAGAAUGUCCGCCAUCUACCCUCUGCUCCUGGGCGCGCUCUCAUUCAUAGCAGCCUCUUCAUGAAUUACAGCUGAGGGGGGCGGGGAGGGGGGUACCUCACAACACCCCAGCAAACCUCCGAGCCCCCAGGCAUGGCUAGCUCGUGUGCCGUGCAGGUGAAGCUCGAGCUGGGGCACCGCGCCCAGGUGAGGAAAAAACCCACCGUGGAGGGCUUCACCCACGACUGGAUGGUGUUCGUGCGCGGCCCGGAGCACAGUAACAUCCAGCACUUUGUGGAGAAAGUCGUCUUCCACUUGCACGAAAGCUUCCCUAGGCCAAAAAGAGUGUGCAAAGAUCCACCUUACAAAGUAGAAGAAUCUGGGUAUGCUGGUUUCAUUUUGCCAAUUGAGGUUUAUUUUAAAAACAAGGAAGAACCCAAGAAAGUUCGCUUUGAUUAUGACCUAUUCCUGCAUCUUGAAGGCCAUCCACCAGUGAAUCACCUCCGCUGUGAAAAGCUAACUUUCAACAACCCCACGGAAGACUUUAGAAGAAAGUUGCUGAAGGCAGGAGGGGACCCUAACAGGAGUGUUCAUACCAGCAGCAGCAGCAGCAGCAGCAGCUGUAGCAGCAGCAGCAGUAGCAGCAGCAGCAGCAGCAGCUGUAGCAGCAGCAGCAGCAGCAGUAGCAGCAGCAGCAGUAGCAGCAGCAGCAGCAGCAGCAGCACCAGUUUUUCAAAGCCUCACAAAUUAAUGAAGGAGCACAAGGAAAAACCUUCUAAAGACUCCAGAGAACAUAAAAGUGCCUUCAAAGAACCUUCCAGGGAUCACAACAAAUCUUCCAAAGAAUCCUCUAAGAAACCCAAAGAAAAUAAACCACUGAAAGAAGAAAAAAUCGUUCCUAAGAUGGCCUUCAAGGAACCGAAACCCAUGUCAAAAGAGCCAAAACCAGACAGUAACUUACUCACUAUCACCAGUGGACAGCAAGAUAAGAAGGCUCCUAGUAAAAGGCCCCCCAUUUCAGAUUCUGAAGAACUCUCAGCCAAAAAAAGGAAAAAGAGUAGCUCAGAGGCUCUAUUUAAAAGUUUUUCUAGCGCGCCACCACUGAUACUCACUUGUUCUGCUGACAAAAAACAGAUAAAAGACAAAUCUCAUGUCAAGAUGGGAAAAGUCAAAAUUGAGAGUGAGACGUCAGAGAAGAAGAAAUCAACUUUACCGCCGUUUGAUGAUAUCGUGGACCCCAAUGAUUCUGAUGCGGAGGAGAAUAUGUCCUCUAAAUCUGAUUCUGAACAGCCCAGUCCUGCCAGUUCCAGCUCCAGCUCCAGCUCCAGCUUCACGCCGUCCCAGACGAGGCAACAAGGUCCUUUAAGGUCUAUAAUGAAAGAUCUGCAUUCCGACGACAAUGAGGAGGAAUCAGAUGAGGCAGAGGACAAUGACAACGACUCCGAAAUGGAAAGACCUGUAAAUAGAGGAGGCAGCCGAAGUCGCAGAGUUAGCUUAAGCGAUGGCAGCGAUAGUGAGAGCAGUUCUGCUUCUUCGCCCCUACACCACGAACCCCCGCCACCCUUAUUAAAAACCAACAACAACCAGAUUCUUGAAGUGAAAAGUCCAAUAAAGCAAAGCAAAUCAGAGAAGCAGAUAAAGAACGGCGAAUGUGACAAGGCAUACCUAGAUGAGCUGGUAGAGCUUCACAGAAGGUUAAUGACGUUGAGGGAAAGACACAUUCUGCAGCAGAUUGUGAACCUUAUAGAAGAAACUGGACACUUUCACAUCACAAACACAACAUUUGAUUUUGACCUUUGCUCGCUGGACAAAACCACAGUCCGUAAACUACAGAGUUACCUGGAAACAUCUGGAACAUCCUGAGGAUACAACAACUGGAUGCAUCAAAAACUAUCGGGGUUUUUUUUUUUUUGGUUGUGAUAUUUUUUUUGUUGUUGUUUAUAAGAAAACACUCAGAAUGAUGCAACCAAAAGGGAAAAAAAAUAAAAAUCAAACAACUUUCAGCUUUAUUUUUCUUUAAAGCCAGUCAUCAUCUCUUGAUAAAGGAGAGGUUAAGCAAACCAGCCUCAGCGGACCACUCUUCUCUCCAAGGACAUCCCCGGGAAGAGUUUGCCUGGAUAGCCUUGAAAACAAACAAAUCAAACACAACACAAGAAAACUUAAAGAAUGUGUAUGGUAUCAUGUAUCUCUCUCUGUGGCGGUUCAUCCCACAGGACGAAUGCAUAUUCAACACACUGCCUUAUUACAUAACUGAUCUAUUUAUUAUCGCAUACAGAUAUCCUAAAGUCGUUGAGGGAAUGACACCACAAGACAUUACAAGUACUUGGUCCCGUGGAUGCUCUUUCAAUGCAGCGCCCUUGCCAUCCCAAGCCCAGUGACCUUACUCGUAUACCGUGCCACUUUCCAGCAACUUUUUCCAACUCCUUUAACUCGUUGCGGUCUGUAUUUUCCACCUUUUGUUUUUCCAGUUCCAGGACACAAACGAUCAACUUGGGGUGGGAGGGACCAAAUAACCACCCUGAUUUUCUUCUUUGUGGUCUUUUUCCUGAAAGUUGGGGCCCAGUCCUUGGCUGUAUCCAUACAAUGAUCUUGGACCAUGGUAGAAGAAGCACCAAACAGGAUCAUGACUUGCUGUCUAGCCUUAGUCAAUAAACCUGUAGGACUUUUAAACAAAAGUGUACAUGUAAACGUCCCGCAUCCAGCCUUGUUGAGCUGUCAUAUCAACAUUUGUGUGUCUGUUUUACUGUUAUAAUAUUAGAGGGAUAUGGAAGUAAAGGCAUUCCACAGGUUCGUCAUUUUUAAAAGAGGAAUUCUGGUUCUGUUUUCUAAAGAAAUGUUGUAGAAAUUCUUAAUUUGGAUCUAUUUAUUAGUAAGAGUUUCGGCUUUCUUCAGCUGCCAGUGUGUUCUUCAUCUUUACCAUAAAACCUGGAAUAAGAGAUUUUUGUUUGUUCUCAUAUGAUCCCCUUAGACUCUUUUGUAUUUGGAAAAUUAAAAUCUUCCUUUGGGGGAAAUUCUUGAUUAUUCUGCCAUAACAGAUUAUGUAUGAACUUGUAGAUUCAGUGUUUUGAUACCUGUUUAGUCACUUGCUUAUGUUUCCAGAAGGAUUUCUUGUAUUGGUGAGAAUAAAGAUGGUUGGGGAGGGGGGAUAUUUUUGUUCUUGAUGUACCCUGUUUUGAAACUAGAAAUCUGUCCUGUGGCAUGCGAAAGAAAGCAAAUUAUUUUUAAAGAAAAAAAAAACAACAACAAAAGUACUUUUGGUGUCAUUAUUCCAUCCUCUCCAUUAAUGGAGAAAUGCAAAGUGAGAACAGCUCAUCUUUCUAGAAACUCAACUGGAAAGAAAAGAAAUACUUCUGGAUCCAAAGGUUCGCUCCCUGGCUCAGCCUUAAGGAAAGUCCCUAUGUGCUAACAGACCAGUGUGUCCCUUGCUUAUUCCCAUGCCAGAUGCUGUCUUUUCAUCCAGAGAUUAAUUGGUGUCUGUACAGAAAAAGGUCUUUCCAGACCCAUUCUUUUGGACAGUAAUGUAAAUGCAGGUGGAUAAUGGAGCUAUUUCUGCAUUUUAAAAAGGGGAUUUUUAAACGUCGUUUCUUUCUAUCCAAAGACACUAUUUUUUCCUUUAAUAAGUAACACAGCCAUGCUUCUCUGAGGCGUCCUCUCUGGGGACAGUGUAUGUUUCCAACAAUGUUGUGAUUUUUGAUGUUUGGCGUGAGCCGUCCUUGAAGCAUUUGCUGUCUAGUCCACUCCUCAAUGUUUAGGAGAAACUUUGAGUUGUUGUAAACAUUAGAUGACUGACCAAUUACGUGGUUUUAGUUGUGUGUCUUUUUGUUUGUUUGUUUUUUUGUUUUUGUACCUCACAGGUUAAUGGGGAGGGCAAUGCUUAUAUGGAAUUAUUUGCAAAAUUUAAAACUCUCUUUAAAGUUUCUAACUGCUAGUCGACAUUUUCUAAUUAAGCCAGAAAUGUAUGUGGUUUAACUAAAAUAUCUGUGUAGUUUUAACCAGGAAUGUACAUAGGUAGUUGGGGCCAUUUUUAUUUUUGUAAUGAAAUUGUGUGGCAAAAACUGUGAUUUGGCAAUGUAAAUAUAUUUUUUUUCCUUAGGUUGCUAACCAAAACACUAGGUAACAUAAAUGAUCAAACAAAACAAGUUAAUAAGAAGAGACACUAUUACAGUGAUAAAAUUUAGAUGUAAAGUUUAGGUAAUAAACCAGACAUCAUCGAGAUGUAAGUUUAUAAUUGAUGACAAAAUUCAGAAAAACCUAUCCACCAUCCACAACUCAUGGAGACAGCAAAAUGAGCUUUCUACGAAAUUCCAGUAGCAUAAGAGUCACAUUGUUAACUUUUUAGAAGUCAGACUCUUGCUCUCAUCUAAUUUAUAAAUGCAGAAAUAAUAAAUCCCCUUUCAAUUAAUUUCAAAUAGUUAUACCUCUCUUCAAGUCACCCACUCAUUGCUACCACAUUUAUAUACACGUGCCUUUGAAACCUAUUAAAAAAUGUUUUUGGCACAUGUGUAUCCUAACAAUGGCUUUGGUUUCUUAAGCACAAAAGAAAAAUGGCAGGGUUUAAUUUCAUAUAAAAUUAAUUGGGUGAGUGUGAAUGUGGUUUGAACCAGACAGAAUAUGAUAAACUUACUUUAAAUUUCCCCCCAGUAAUUUGAAGGGGGGAAUGUAUGUACAGGACUUUUCCCCUAAUAAAUUAGCUUUUGCCUCUGAUGUUGCAGCAGACUAUGUAUGAGAGUGGGUAUUUCUGUCCUGGCAGAUGGCAGGCAUGUCAGCAACAACAAUGUUUGCAGUGACUUUGUUUCUUUACCAUAAUCCACCUCUCUAUGUAGACAGCUAGGUAUGUCUAUAUGUGCUGCGUAUUGUGUCAAAGUAGGGAAGACCAUGAAAACGGAAUAUCAGGACCCUAGAAGAAAAAAAUCAUAAGAGCGUCUCCUAAACCUUUUAAAAUUGCUAAGCAAAUCUCUCUAAUCUGAAUAAUUGUGCACCUUUCUUGUGGAAAGAGCCAAUCCAUCUGGUUUUCUUCCACCAAAAAUGUUUCCGCAGAUACCUUCGACAGGCUCAGCUAAUCUUCAUAAAAGACAGUUCAGACCUGCAUACCACUCCCAGCCCUAUACACGUUAAUGAGUUAACAUACGUGUUUAAGAGAGACUUUAUUCUUCAAUGUUUUAACUCUGCCCAGGUAACGGAGUUGGAUGUUCAGUGUUGGAAAUGGUCAGUGUUUGUGUUGGUGGCUGGUGUUCACUUUUCUCACUGUGGAUGUGAUCCGCUCUGGAGUAGUUUUCUGUAUGCUCAUUACUGUCCCCCUUUAGCAUUGUGUGUGUUCAUGCGCUGCACUGCACACACACACACUUUUAUCAACUUGCUUGGACUGUUGCCCUAAAACUCUGACCGUGAUAUAGAAUCUACAGCUGCAAUGAAUGUCAAUCCCUGCGGUUUAGCCUUGGGCUGGACGUCAGCAUCUUUUGACCUCUUGUUUCAUAUGAUGCUUUUUUAUCAUGUGGGCACUGCCAUCCCUGAAUAUUCCUUAUAAAGAUGCAUCGAAGAAGUCAGUUUAAGAGGAAGACAAAGUCACCACUGUCUGUAAACUGUAAAUAUGUAUUUUGGCACUUCUAUUCCAGCAUUCUGAAAAUACAGUUAUGAUGGAAAUGCUGACAGAUCCCCAACGGUGGCCAGAGCUACCAUGCAGGGCAAAAAUAAAUUAAGUAAAAAUGGAUUCUUGA